AUGGUGCGUUGGAGGACUUGCUUUCUCUUGGCGAUGCUCUUACUGCUGCCCGCGAGGAUUAGCACCAGGUCUGAUGAAGAGGAAGAGGAAGAACGGAGCGAAGACGACGAAGAAGAUGACAAUGACGAUGACGACGACGACGACGUAGAAACACCUGAGAAGGAGGGCCGGAGGGCGCCGCAAGUGAUGAUGCAGACUAGUGCCAGAACCGCAGGGGUCACCAGAACAACUAAGCGGCGUCCACUGGAGUGCUACGUGUGUGCUUACAAACCGGAGACACCCUUAAGAGCUUGCCUGGAUCCAACGAAAUACAGAGUACACACGAUGACAUGUCAUAGCGUGGACGACAAAUGUGUCACCUCAGUCACGUCUAAAGGGAGUACGUAUGAGGCGGUGACGCGAGGCUGUCGGUCAGGAUGCCUCGGAUCACCAGAUACGACCUGCUGCGAGUUGAACCGUUGCAAUAACCAAGCCUUCGCCAUGCCCACGCUUAUAGCGCCGCGUGCGCUGGCCCAAGAGAGCAAAUCGACCAAAGCUUUGCCAACGUCAGUGCUAUUCUUCGUCACGAUACUUCUGUUACUACAGACAGUAGUUAAAGUCACAAUCGUAUGA